AUGAAAUCGCUAGCAUUCUCACUUCUAUAUCUCAACCUUUUGUAUUUUAUUUCCGGGUUCGCAAUCCACGAAGAUUUUACCUCACUUAAAGAAGUAAAUAAUGACAAGGAAAUAGAUCUCGAUUUCAAAAACAAGUUCAAGAGAGAAGUCGUUCCCGAAGAAACUGGCAAUUUCCCCGAUAUUAUUGCAAGUGACAGUACGGAUGGCCCUACAACUGAUCCUUCUACAAUGAUAUUGCAUAAGAUAACUGCUAAUUGGAAUGAUUCUAGUAACGUAGAUCAAAAAACAGCUUCACAUACACAAGCUGGAUAUGAAGAAGAAUAUACGACCUCAGUUAUGACUGACAUGGAAACAAAUGCUAUUCUGACUACAAUUUCGACUUCAAAUCGUGAUGAAUUAGAAGAUACGAUUGACGGUGAAUCAACAGAUUCCGUCUCUGAAACGUAUUUAGAGGGAGAACGGACAAACUCAGAAAACUCGGACCUAACAAGAUCUUACACUGCUACUUAUUCUGACAUUAUGGAUAGUGCUCCAACAGACCCAUUUAUCUCUGAAGGCAAAUAUACCAAAAAUGAUGAAGUGAUAGAUUCUGAAUUCACGACCAUUUCACAACGGACGGAAACAAAUAGCAAGACGGAUUAUUCUACAUCGACUAUUGCAUAUGAUUCUUCUAAGAAUGUAUCAGAGGAUUCAAUAAUGGAACAAAAUCAAGAGAAUACUGAACUACGCUUUAAAGAACAUACAGAGCGAUGUGAAGAUUCAAUAACAGACCAAGUAAUUAAUGAAAUUUCAGAUAAGGGACAAAAGAGAAUAAUUGAAGUUGGCAAAGAUAUCAUCUCAACAAAUGGCAUCGAAACCGAAGCUCCUAUAGAGGGAACUACUGACAGUCUCAGGGAAUCUGCUUCCUUGACCCGAAACAUUAGACAUCACUUCAGUAUAGUGAGAAGUAAUCUAAUAAAGGCUGCGGAGUCAGUAGAUAACGUAAUGGAUAGCUUGAGAACAGCUUUGGAAAGUGCUUUUGAGAACCUACUCGACUCCUUUUCCAAUUUGAAUGAGAAAGAUCAGCGAAAUGAAAUUAAAUAUGAAGGACAAUUACUUUUGGAAAAGGCAUUGGAACGGAAGGUAUAG